GUGUGGGGCAACUCCGUACUUUUAUUGCCGCACCUUCCAGAGUUCCGUUGGAGAGUUAUCCUUGGCGUGGACUAAUUGGCGACUUCAUCGGGAGGACGAGUUAUUGAGAAGAGGGGACAACUGUAUUUUUUUGCGUUGGGAGACUGGUGAACUAGUGUCUAGUUGUGUGCUAAGCUGGGCAGACGCGUUUUCCUGUUUCAGUUCGUCAAAUCGGAUAAAACAUAUCGCGAGUGAGUGAAAAAGAGAGUGCAAUACCGGGAAAAGGGUUCUUUUUUUUUGGAGCGUUUGUGAGUGUCAUCAGUGAUUCCCGCGACCGAGGUGAUUAACGUGAUACAAACUGCAAAAAAAAACACCCAGAGGCAGAACAACCAUCAUCGUCGGCAACAAACAACAGCACGACCAACAUGUGUCAAGAUCGAGUAAUUAAGCUGCUAAUAUUCGGCAUUAUCGCCGGCUUCCUGCUCCAAGAAUCAUCACCCCAUCCGGCCAGCAGUAGUAGCCUCUCGAAAGAACGGAGGGGAGGCACGACGGCCGAAGAGGACGACUACGACUACGAAGACGAGGAUGAACCGUCGAAGGAGCGUGGGACUAACGAUGUCAACGGGAGCGACUUCAACACGAUGCUGCUGACCAAGAAUCAAACCGUCGAGACGGAGAUCAACGAAACGGUGACGCUGCCCUGCCGGGUGAACAAUCCACAGAACAAUACAAUCGUCAUGUGGUACAACACCACAAUCCUGCUAUAUGUUCGAGAUAACAAGCACUCCAAAGAUCCUCGGCUAUCUCUUGGCAGUGACAAUUCACUAACGAUUCAGGGCGUAAAAGUGGAAGAUGACUCCAUCUACAAGUGUACCGUCUACCCGGUUACCAAGUCCGCCUACAUAACUUUGAAAGUUAGAGGUUCCCCGUACAAUGUGAUGAUAACCCACGGUAACAACGACUACACCAACCGGAAUUUGGAAAUCCAACAGCACGACCGCAAGUUCAUCAUCCACUGUCGAGCAGCUGGCUUCCCCACCCCACUGAUUUCGUGGUCCUUCCGGGGCAAACAUCUGGACGAGAGUCACGCCAAGCAGACCGGGAUCACCGUUCGUAAGGAGUUCCUGGAAAUCCACGACGUCAAGGCCCAUCAUGCUGGAGAUUACGAGUGUUUGGCACAGAAUGGAAUUGGCGAACCAGUGAGUGCCGUUGUGACCGUGCAGAUCAAAUCCAGAGUGGUGCUGCUUGGACCAAGCGAAGACGACGACAGCAGCGCUGCGCCACCGGAAGACAAAGAAGCAAGCCCCUCGAUCUCUAAGCACAUCGACUACCUGAAUACGGCUAUCGGAGAAACCGCCGAAUUGGUUUGCCUGUACCACAGCAACCCAACCGCCAUCAAGAUCCAGUGGUUCCGAGGGGAUGAAGCCCUGCACGAUAGUGCCAAGUUCUCGAUCAGUCGGGACCGCCAUAAUCACCAUCUGAGAACGCGGCUGACCAUCCGGGAUGUCGAACAGAAGGACCUUGUGUCUUAUGUGUGCAUGAUUACGAACAACCUGGGUGAAGCGACGGCCAAGACUACCUUAGGAUUAUUGCCAGGUGCCGCACAUCUGGCAAACUUCAGUUAUUCGGACGGACUACUGCAUACCAUCUGGAGGGUACGGAGCGUACAGCCUCUUUCCGAUCUGCAGAUCCUAUAUAAGGGUGAAAACACCAAAUACACCACAGUUGAUGCUACCAUUUUGGAACAAAACAAAGAAGAAAAUGGAGAAUUCUGGAACAUCAAACGCUCGAUCCGACUGCCCGAAGGCGAGUGGUUCAUCACGGCACGUGCCAAGAACACCGAAGGCUGGGCCUACACCGAAACUGUCCCACUGCAAUUCCAAAUCCCCGGUGAAGUCUCGCUGGACAACCGAGGCUCCGGUGGCAGCUCGACGGGCUCUAUCCGGCACGCUUCCUCCCUCGCCAGCCUGGGGGCGCUCUGUGUGGUGUUGUACUCGCUGCUGAUCAGUAGGAUCCAUUAGGUUUACAGUGAAUGAGAAAUGCUACUGUUUCGGAAUAUUAUUUUUUUCGGGUGGAAAUUACACGUUGAAUGGUGACUAUUUAUUUUGGAGGAAAUUCGAAGAUCUGCUAAAAGCUAAGAGACGCUUUGUGAGUAGGAAAGCGACGCUUAGUAAUGUAUAAAAAACAAUUAGAACUUGUAGUUUAGCCAACGCCGGAAACGCACGGCAAUGCCUUGUAUCACCAAAACAAAAACUCACAUAAAAAACGCACCAACCAGAAAAUUUAAACCGAAGAAUCCUAUAAAAACAACUGCAUGUAUUAAACCGGUUAUGAAUCGUCCACGCUUUUACCUGGCGCGCAGCUUCCAGAAAUCCGAACCAAUCGAGAGUGAAACAAACGUUUUGUACACAUUAUGAUUGUUUUACAGAUCCACUCUGUUGCAAUAAGGUCAAUAAAUUACUAUUCCUUUGAAGACAAAAUGAGCUGGUUGGAUUUGAAUCCUCUAGAAUAAAACAAAAAUAAUACAAUUCCUUUUCAGUUGGCCUGCCUGAGAAGAUGGUACUUCUGAACUUCUGGUGACUGAACCAUUGGGUGCCUAAUCAACCUAAAAUAAAAUGUUGGUUGAAAUAAGCCAGAUCAUGGUUGAGUUUACCAUAUUUUCUUCUACGUGAUGUUGACCCAUGGUCGUUGUAUGUAGUAUACUUUUAUUCUUAUGUUUCUGCUCUCAACCGUGUGACUACAAACGCAAUUCAGCGGAAUGGCGACGGAAACGGAAAAUCUGACAAAAAAUAGAUGGACUAAUUGCCAAUUCUGCCGUUUUCGUCGCUGUUCCACUACAUUGCGUAGAAGGCUUAUGCUAACUUACGUUCGGAUGUGCUUUCGAACGAAAUUAAAUUUACGCCCGUUGAGUCACAUACAUCGAGGUAACUUUUGGAACAAAUCAGGGGUGGCAUUGCGCACCUCGACUCGAAACGAGCAAAUCAUGCAUACUGUCAUACGAAAGAGCUGUCGAAAGGAGAUGCGCAAUGAGGCCCCAGAUUCGUUCAAAAGUUUCGGUCGUCCCUAAUGCAACUCACUCAUGCAGGAUGCGAACAUAACCCGUAUUCUUGACUACUUGACUACGGACGACCGAAACUAAUAAAUAGAAUCCGAGAAUGCGUUUGAAAGUGCAUUACAGCCUAAACUAUAAUACGAGUGAUAUGCAUGGGUCAGCUCAAUUCUAUAUUCAUCGGAUAAACCUUACUUGAAAUUUAGGACUUCGAAAGUACAUUCUGUAAUUCAAUUUUAAUGUGUAUAUUGUAAAUCUAGUUGGACAAAUCUAGGGUUAGACUAAAACACAAUAUCAGCGCAGAAAGAACCAAAUGAAAAACGCUUACGGAUUAAUUCUUAUGUUAUAGUCUUCUUAUACAUAUUGUUAUAAUUUAGUCAUUUUCAUUUCAUGAGUUAUGUUUUCCUUUCCAACAUUACUUUUCACUAAAACUAGAAUUAAUCACCUAUUUUUCCUGCCCUUUGUUGUAAAUUUGAACUACUGUUUAAAAUGUAUUGAAUGUAGGUUCGUAAAACAGUUUCCAACUUUGUGUAAAAUAUUAAUGAAGAAAAGAAAUCUAGUACAUAUUUCUAUAUUUCGUAACAAUACACGACGUACUAAUGUUAGCAUAAACGGAGAUAAAUCACUGGAAACUAUACCUACUUAAACGUUGUAUGAUCUAGAUCAAAUCCAAUUUAGGUUCCAUUAGCCGUGCACACCGAUACACAAAUAUGAACACACGUAAACAAAAAAAUGAAUACUUGUUUAGGGUAGCUAGCUGAAUAAUUGUUAAAUGAAACAAAAUGCGGAGUACAGAGUUUCAAUUGAAAGAAAUACGCGACAAACGAGAAAAGUCUUUCGAUAGAGAAGCAUUGAUGCACGAAAAGUAGGCCAUAUUUAUAUUUAUUACCCCUGUACCGUACGACAGUGCGAAACUAUAUUCCGAUAGAAAAUUAUUCUCUCUAAUCUGACAAGUUACAAACACCUUUUUUCCGGUAUCACAACAACCACUCAAAGUACAUAUGUAUAAGAGCCAAUUCACAGAUAAUUGCUGUUCAUAAAAGCAAGUGCAGUUGAACCGAAAACAGGAAAUAUAAAACUACGUAUUAGGGUAAGAUGCGGUUGGCUAUGAAUCGGAUAGGAGAACAUUGGAAUUUGGCAUUAAGAUUGGUACGGUAGACGUUCGAUAACUGCGUCUGCAAAUCAUUUGUCCAUGUCGUUGCAUUAGUGCAAUCAGAUGCACUUUUAUUCCAACUGACGUCGACUGACAAUUGCAUGACGUCUAUUUAGAAUGCGUUGCAGUUAUCGAACGGCUAGUGUAUAACGAAGUAGGUUUUAACUUGUAAGAUAAACUAAAUGCAGUCAGAUGGAUGAUAUGUGCUAGAGGAGUGAAAUUGAAAAAAUAAACUAGCAAAAAUAACAAACAAAACUCGUUUGAUUUGAGCCAA